AUGCUCAUGGUGGCAUCGUCGGACGCCUCUGCGGAACGCACCAGCACUAUCCGUGGUUUGGCCGAAACGUUGGUGGCAACAGCUUCAUCGAGUUCUUGUCCCUGCGAUGGCGCAGGAGGAGGGAUCUGCACGGCGACGGCGCGUGGAGGCGCCGGGUGCAGGAGCUCAUCGCGCCCCGGCCAGGUGCACCCCUGGACCGAGGAGCCCAGCAGCAUGGACCUGCUCCGCACCAGGAACAGAUGCAGGACCAGCGAGCUCGAAAAUACCGGAGCAGCGGCAACCGCUGCUGCAGCAUCAGCGCCCCGCAUCGGGAUGACAAACGUCGAGCGAAGGCAGGACCCGUUCGACCAGAGGCGGGACCGCUGCCCGGAGUCCAGCUUCAGGAGCUACCUCGACGGCGAGUGCUGGAUCUGCACGGCCGCGGGCGAGGCCAGCCAGUGGGACAUGUGGGUGUCGUGCCGCCACAUGUUCUGCUCGGGGUGCAGCAGCGAGAUGAUGCAGAGGCGCAUGCCGUGCCCGCUGUGCCGCCAGUGGUCCAGCACCGUGGUGCGCGGCCCGCGCUGUCUGCCGGCGGCGGCGGGCCACGCCGCUCCGGUGGCCCAGGCGGCGGAGGCGCCGGCCUCGGGCAGCCGGGCGCUGCGGACGGCCGAGACCUUCACGAUGGGGGAGUAG